AUAAUGAAAUAUAUAACAACACUACUUUGUUUGACAUUGAUUCUGUUGGGCGUCUUCAGAACGUCCUUAAUGGUCAAUGGAAGCUUUGGAAUUGAUGUCAGCUCGCCAAUCUCCCAAGGCAUUAGUACUGCAGAUUGGCAAUGCUUGGCUGGCAAGAACCAACGUGUCGUCAUUCAAGCAUGGCAAGGAGGCUACGGCCUAAACACCGGAAUCACCAAUGCCAUCCAAUCAGCCCAUUCCGCUGGAUUCCAGAUCGUUGAUAUUUAUGCCUUCCUGUGUCCUCAGUGCUCUGGCAACAACCCACCAUCCAAUGCUAUUGAGCAAAUGAUCAAUCAUUUGAGUGGUGUCAACUUUAAUAUGCUCUGGAUUGAUGUUGAGCAGUGCAAUGGAUGUUGGGGCAAUGUCAAUGACAAUGCAAACUUUGUCGCUGCCACUGUCAAGGCUGCCGAGAGCAUGGGUGUCAAGGUAGGCAUCUAUUCAUCACUUGGUGAGUGGCCUCAGACUGUUGGCACAUUCGAUGGUCUGUCAAACUACCCUCAAUGGUAUGCCCAUUAUGACAAUCAACCAUCAUUCUCAGACACUGCCUACUAUCAAUUUGGAGGUUGGAACAACCCUUCAAUGAAGCAGUACAAUGGUGGUUCAAAUCAAUGUAAUGUCAACGUUGACUUGGAUUACUAUGCAGGUGGUGGUGGUACCUCAUCAUCUUCAUCAUCCACAACAGGACACUCCUCCUCCUCAGGACCAUCUUCGUCAGGACCCUCCUCCUCGUCUUCAGGCCCACAUAGCUCAUCGUCGUCCACUAGUCCACACAGUUCCUCAUCGAACGGUCCAACAUCAGGUACCACAUCGGGUACAACAUCGGGUACAACAUCGGGCACUACAUCCGGUACUAGUGCUACCUCUGGAACCACAACUACCUCUGGCCAAACUUCGGGAACAAGUGGACAGACAACUGGAACAUCGGGACAAACCACAACCACUACCUCUGGUCAAACCACCGGCACAAGUGGACAGACAACCGGAACGUCUGGUCAGACAACAGGAUCGACCUCAGGUACAACCUCUGGAUCAUCCUCUGGACAAACCACAUCUGGAACAUCUGGUCAGACUGGUACCACCUCGUCGACUGGUACCACUAGUGGUGAUAGCACUGGCCAAACUGCUUCGUCCUCAGGCCAGACAACUUCCAUGACCAGUGGCUCAUCGGGUCAGACAACCGGUGGUUCAUCCGGCCAGACCACAUCAAUGACCAGCGGUUCCUCAGGUCAGACCUCCACAGGUUCAACUAGUGGUGGUUCAUCCGGCGGUUCAUCAUCAGGACAGACUGCCUCCAGCGCAUCAACUGGCUCAUCUGGCUCAUCUGCCUCUUCUGGUUCAUCAGGUUCAUCAGGUUCAUCCAGUUCAGGUGGUAGUUCAUCAGGUAGUACAUCGUUUAAAGUCGGCACCGGCAUCACAUCUACAUGUGUUGUA